UUUGAGGAUACACGUCCAUUCAGGAAUACACAACAUGGACUCACUUUGGUGUUGAGAAUUGUGAAAUCAUACCCUCACACCAAAUUUAACAUGGGAUUUUCUAUGUGGAUUAUCACGUAACGCCAUAACGAUGACGGUGGCGCAAGUGUUGCCCAUAGUUACUCUGUAUGCUUCCAUUUUCUGUCCGGAUAAACAGCCUCUCGGAAGCAAUGUCGGAAAGGACUAUCUGCAACAGACAGGUCCGGACACUUGGGAAGUAAAGUGUUGUCCUCAGGGAUGGGUAUUCGUUCACAGGAGAUGUUCCUGUAUCCCUGUACCUGGAAGGUCUGGGUAUGGCUACCAUCCUGGUGUACGAAUGUAUGGAGUUAGGUCCUCAUUUAGUAAAGGUCCGAGAGACCUUCAUCUGCUCCCGGAUGUACGUGGUCACGUGGACAUGACAGCCACAUCCGGCGCCGAUUUACAUCAUACCAUUAAUCAUAAUACAUAUCAACUCGCUAAUUUCAUGAAGGGUCACCGUAAUAAAGAGAAUUCCAACCAACGAAAUGCAUUACUGCUCAGACAGCACAGACUGAAACAUCAAAAUAAUCUACAGCAAAAUCAGUUAAUGCAACGAAAUAAAGUAAAUAGUGACAUUUCAUUGAAAGGAAAGCAUAUAGUUCAUAUAAGACAUUCACAACUUAACGGGAAAAGGAAUGUAAGGGUUGCAAAACCACGACAGGGAAACCACAAUAAUCAUCAUACAAGACAUUCGCAACCUUACGGAAAAAGAAAUUUAAAGAUAGCGAAAACACGAGGGAAACAGGAUGGUCAACACAGGUCUGGACUAGGAAAUAACCAGAACAGUAACUUUAACAUGAAAAAUAACUUAGGAACGGAAAAUACAGUGCGAAUUCGCCAGGAACAAAAUUCAUUAGGUAUGAACAAUAAGAGAUUUCCUGAAAAUGUUGGGAGACAAUCUAUGUUAGGAGAUACUAGGAGCAGUCUUGAUAGGUCUCAAUGGCUUCCUGGAAAUUCACACAGUGGUUCCGGCUCCACAAGCGGUCUUUUCGGAAACGGAGGUACAACUUCAAUGGGUGGGAAUAACAUGAUGGGUCCUUUUGCGGAGACAGGAUUUGGCGCAGGUGGCCCUUCGUCUAUAAAUGGUAAUGGAAACUUUCAGAACAGCAUUGGGGUAGAUACAACUCUAGGUUCUACCGGAAGCAUUGGCUUAGAUGGUCGAAGACUGGACGGACUCUCUACAGUGGUAGGUGUUAAUCCUGCUCCAAACAGCAGAAGAAUUCCAAAUUCAGUGAUCAACGGGGCCAAUUUAAUUGAUCCUCUUAGUUCAAAUGGAGUAGGAGGUCAAAACGUCAACGGAGGUGGCAACAUUCAAGCAAAUUUGGUCAAUGACGGGAGUUUGGGUUUGAACAAUGAUGGAAGUAUAACGGGUCCUUUUCCAACAAUUGCUCAUCUGGAAACAAAUUCCAAUUUAAACGGAGGUGGCGCUCUGAGCGGAAGUCUGAAUAACGGUGGAACGUUCAAUGAUCCGCUCGCAACAGUUGGGAACCCAAGUGGUGGAAAUGCUCUUAAUAUCCAUUCAGAAUCAAUUGGAUUUGAUCCAAAUUUAAGCAAUGAUGGAUCUAUUUCCUCAGCUUCAUUACUAGGUGGCGACACCAAUCUAGUAAGUGGCAAUCUUGGUGAGAACUCAUUCCAAAAUUUACCAGGUGGAGAUUUUAGCCUCAACUUAAAUUCACAAGACCCUGGUUUCAAUCCAAUACAAGGAGCAAACUCUUUUGAUCAAAGUAGUGUAUUUAAUUUAGUUGGAUCGAUGGCAAACAAGGAUAUCUCCGAAUCAAGUCAAAAUUCUGGCGGGGUUGCUGGAAAUGGAGCUGGCAUUGAUUUAUCUUUUCUUCCGAGAGCCGAGGAAUUUUCUGCUUUGAUGAGAAAUGGAGAACCAGUUAGUGGAUUUGGUGGCAAUACUGUCCCUACUGAAAACAACAUGGAUACUACAAAUGCACUACAAGAUGUGUGGUCUAAUUCCAAUACUGGUUCUUCUAGUGGAUUACUUAACGGUCAAACCCCUGGAACGACAGAAUCGCUAAUCGAUCAGCUUCUCGCUUUGAAUAUGGCGAAUAGUAUGCUGGAAUCUGGGUCCAACGUGGGGAAUGUAUUAGCUAAUAACGUUAAUGGUGGCUCUAUGGGUUUAAACGAAAAUCAAAUACAGACUGGAACUCCUGCCAACAUGGCAUUGUCCUCAUUCGAGCAUAGUAUACCUACCGAUCCUUCAAAGAUGAAUAACGCUAUGUUACUUGCCGAUAGAAGAAUUUUAGAGAGCCCAGCAAAUCCAACACCGCGACUUGUGACUGAGACGAUAGUUUUGAACACUCAUGAUCCCCUAAACACAGGACAUACUACCGGUCGAAAGGUCAGUGUGGACAUCACCAGUAGCGACACUUCCAUCGGAGGAAUAAUCAACGCUGGCUUACUAGCAGAGGGUGCACGAAGAGAAGGAUUUGCAGUUGAUGGACUUUCAAAAGCGAUCGCCGCAGGGAAUUUAUUAGACACUCUCGGAAUGGAAACGGGAAGAGGAGGAAGCAAAGGCUUGACGGAUAUUAGUGUAGUUAACCGAGGAAUUGUAGGUAUUGGGUUAUUGGACGGUAGUUCAAACGUUAGAGAAAGAAUGGACGGGCUUUCAGGUGGAUCCGGAAUAUUGCACUUCAACAGUCUUGCUGAUUCAGCUGCCGUUUCUGGUGGUACUACAAAUGUUUUGUUCGACGGUUCUCUCAAAAAGUCCCCACAACUACCAGUCAGGCGGUUGGACUCUCUUGGAUCCAAAUCACCUAUAAACUCCAAGAAAACAAGCAAUCUGUCUGGAUUUGGUGUUGGAAAUUUUCAAAGCGUACCUAAAAUUGUACCCAGAAUUACAAACGAGCAGUCCGCCAUUGAGACUUCCAUAAAUCAGAUACUGACAAUAUCCGCAGCGGAAACCGCUAUAGCAAAGGCUGCUAAGGAUUCAGUUUCUCAGAAAGAGUCUGCAGCUCCUACUGCAUCAGCGGGAGGACGUUUUGUCAGUCAGACCGGAUUGGAACUGUCAACUUUCCAUUCCAACCCAGACCGCACCCUGACAGCAGAUGUUUGUCUGGGAUGUACAAUGGAUGGCGGACUUGGUUAUAUACGACACCCUUCUCGAUGUGACCAGUUCGUAGUUUGUUACCCGGAUAGGACUGGUCUCUUCAAGCCUCGAGUCCAAGAUUGUCCUUACGGCCAGUUCUGGAGUAACAUUGAUGUUACUUGCAAGCCCUCUAAAGACGUCAAUUGCGAACAUGACUACUGCAAAAAACUGAAGGACAGGUACCAGUACUCACAUUCGACAAACUGUGUCGCUUAUUGGCAGUGCCAAGCCGGUCAUUCGGUCAUCAGGUGCUGUCCGGACGGACGGACAUUUGUCCAGGGUGAGGGAUGUGUCUACAGCUCAGUGUGUGCUGACCGAUGUCCAGUUAGCAGCCCGUCACAGUUUAUGUGGCAAGUGAACUGUAACAAAAGACCGGUAUCCACGGAUGUAACGACAUUUGAGAAACACGUGGCUGCGGGCUGGGUGUCUGAGAAGUGUAGCGUCGGACAGAUUUACAAAGGGGAAAUAUGUGACUGUAUACCAGCGCAUAUGGGCAACCCAACUUACUCUUUCAAAGGAGUGUGUAAACCGGAAGUUUUCCUCCCAUUCGACACCGACUUCAAGGACUAUUCUGGAAGCAAUACCUUUAUAAGGACUGAAAACGUGACGCUAUCCAAUGGUGCUGCCUGUUUUGACGGUACAUCCGUCAUCUCCAUGCCUAAAUUUGCAAACAUGGAUUUCGGUAAAAGUGUUUUUAUGAGAAUCAGAUACAAGCAAAUGGACCUUAAAAUUGGGACCGAAGCAUUAUUGUACAAUGGGGACUGUGAGGAAGUCCCUACUUUAGUUGUGGGCACGAAACCGUCUGGAAAUUCAUUUUCCGUGAAAACUAACACAGGCGCAUUCCAGACAUCGUGGGUUCCGUCAUCGGUUGAUCCCGCGGACUGGCGAGAGGUAACGGUCACUAUACGUGAUGGACGACUUGAGGGUCAAUCCGGUAUCAACGUGCGUGAUAUCGACGUAUCAGGUGGAAUAGCUAGAUCUCACUGUGGAAUUAAACUUGGAUGGGGAAAGAAAUUCAAGAGUUUUGUUGGUUGUAUUGACGAGGUAUCUAUUUAUCGAUGUAUUCCGAAUACCAGCAUGGCACCAGACGGGACAUUACAGACCGCUGUCGUUGUGAAAUGAACAUCAUCUUAUUUUAUGACAUAAAUAGAAAUAUACUUAAGUAAAGUGACGUCACAGUCACAGUUGUUACUUGUGGUAAUUUUUCACAACCACAAGUUUUAUCGGUGACGUCAACAUUUUUUUCAUAGAAGUUUUAAGUAUGAUAAAAAGAGACAACAAUUUCGCUAUAACGAACUAAGCAGUAUGUCACUGGCUGGACUGUACUGGUAUACAAAUCGUAUCAUGUAUGUAUUGCAUCAUCGUGCUUUCCAACUUCUUCUUUUGAAACACGAACUGUUUUAGACGUAAAAUAAAUGUUUUCGAAUAAGAUGAUGUUUGGAUAAAGAUCUUUUGUAAUUCGUGACACAUCGCAGUGUUCGAUGAGAUUAGCAGAGGAAGAUUAUCGCCACAUUGCUAUCGCGUGAUAAGAAGUAGGAAUGAAAUAAUAAUGUCGGAUAUUGACAGAACAUCAGAUAUGAAAUGUCAAUUUCCGUCAGAUUAACAUGGGGACGUUUUCAAAGAUUUCCAUGGAAUAACAUAUGCUUUACUACUGAUUAAGUUUGGGAGAAGUCUGGUUAUAUAUAUAUCUACAUUUAAGUAUGCAUGGUAUGCAAUGGACAAUGUUCUUUUUUUAUUUAUUGUAUACAUUAAUCACUUCAUAACGACAUCACUGAAUAAAAUAUGGGGGGAAAAGGAAUGUAAUUUCAACACCAUAUCCCAAUUACAUCAAAACAAUCCUGAGGAUCACUUAUAAUUAAAGUCAAUAUUUGAGAAUUAAUUACUUUUAUGAUAUCAGCAAAUAUAUGUAGCAGCGGAAUUUUUUUUCUUUACCCAUCACUUUUUUUUACAUUUGAUAAAAAUAUUUUAAAUAUUGCGAAUGGAAGGCAUCAUUCAUUGGUAAAUGUGAAAUGAAAAAUGUUUAUUUUACAAUGCACAUUUAUAGGAUAUAAGGUGUAGACUUAAUUUGAUUUCAUACAUGUCUUUCCGUGUGACCAUUACCAAUGUGUGUCUGAACAUAUCGUUCGAUAAUCUCUGUGUAGAAAGUCCUGAACAUUUCGUCAUUAACAGGCAUACAUACACCUGUGGAAAUAUUGGUUCACCACAUGACUCAUCUCCUACGCGGACGUGUAGUGCCAAUGAAAGAAAGACCAGUGCUCUCAUUCAUAUAAAUGUAUCAUAUUUCUAAUAUAUUUCAACAUUAUCAAUAAUGAUAUAUUUGUCUAUGUAUGUAUCUUGUACUUGAUUAGUUUCCUCGCGGAUGAUUAAAUUUUAAAUUAUGAAUGUUUAACUGUAGUCUUUUAAACGCAUAUUUCCCCAUUUUUUUGGGGGGUGGGGGUGGGGUUUUGCCAACUGAAAUUUAUAUUGUAUUCAGAGAAUUUGAUUCCAAUAACAAAUAGUUCUAUUUUUGCAAACGAAAAUACUGUAUUCCAAGCAAGACAGAUGCAACGAAAAGUUCUAUAUUCUAAAACAUACAUUUGUGAUGAUUUGUAUUUUGAAUGCGUUUUACUUUAAUGACGAAUAUUUUAAAGCAACAUUUUCCUUCACUGCCCGUACAAUACGACAUUUAACAUAUCUGAGAGCAGGUAUCAACUGAAUGCUUGUGACUCUGAUUACUUCUUGCAUGUAGCACGUGUAACUCGUCUUUGCGGAGUUGAAUACGUGUAUACUACAAUAUUAGUUGUUUUUUAUGACAACAUGAAAUGUGACAUAUGAUGUAAUUUAUUGCUGGUAUGUUAACCAUUAAACUAGCAGUAUUGUUUUGAAAGAAACAAUGCUAUUCUUUGUUUUGAAAUAUACAAUGCUAUUCUUUGUUUUAAAAUAAACAAUACUAUUCUUUGUUUUGAAAUAAAUAAUGCUAUUCUUUGCUAUUCUUUAUUUUAAAAGAAACAGUGCUAUUCUUUGUUUGAAAAUCAAAAAUGCUAUAAUUUGUUUAGAUAUGAACAAUACUAUUCAUUGUUUUGAAAUAUACAAUGUUAUUCUUUGUUUUGAAAUAAAGCAAUGCUAUUCUUUGUUUAGAAAUAAACAAUGCUAUUCGUUGUUUUGAAAUAAACAAUCCUUUUCUUUGUUUAGAAAUAAACAAUGCUAUUCUCUUGCCUCAUUUAGGUAUUAGCUGAAAUCGUACAUAUUUUUAGCGUGCUCCAAUUUUCGAGAUUUAACAACAAAAUAGUGAACUCCUAUGAUCUAAUCACUUCCAAUAAAACCGUUAAAACGAUAACCGCAAAAAUAUGUACGUUUACAGUAUUUCGAAUAUCGUGCAGCUUGGAUCUGAUUUUUUUUCCAUUAUGAUGUCAAUCUCAUUUUUUUGCCAUUGUUCUUUUUGAUAAAUUGUUUUUCAAUUAUUUCAUUAUUGUUAUUUCAAUAAUGAAAUAUAGUCUUCUGCAUUAUCGCUUUAAUAUGACGUUGGUUGGUUUGUUUAUUAAUUAAGUGUAUUCAAACCUAGUCCCAUCAUUAUAAGCAGGCUUUACAAUAUGAUGUAAACAAAUAUUCAAGCAGUUUAAGCAGCAUUCACAAGGCAAAUUCAGAUCUUCAUAUUUGUGAUAUAAUCCACAAAGAAUGUAGGCAGCAUACACAUGAAUAGUGGGAAAAUAUUACCGAUAAAGGGAAGUAACUCGCCACUAAUAUUCCAAAACGAAAAAUAUUGAUAAUAAUUAAUAUUUUCUCCAUGAACAAGAAACAAAUAUGAAUGUUUGGCUAUGAUUUAAAAUUAGGAUGGCAUUUUAAUCAUGAGUAUUGAUCAAUGAUACAAUUCAAUGUGCUGCAAACCUUAAACUUGGUAUCCGAUUAAUAUGAAGUAAUAUGUUGUAGUUGUAAAUGUUUUAACAGAAAAUAAAAAAUAUACGGAUAUUGUUAUCAAA